AUGCUCAAUCGUAUUAGACAUCAAUGCCAAUCACUUCUUCGUCUUCCCUUUCCUUCGCUAAGUCCUGCAACCCUCAUUUUAACUAAAUCUUCAUCAUUGUUAUCUGCGGAAUCCCUUGAACUAGAACCUUCAACCACUUCACCAGCUGCAAACGGCUCCUUACCUUCUGGUAUCCUCUCCCUGUUUAAAGUAUUGGGUAGCUCUGGUGUCAAAUUACUCGGUGUGAAACAUCGGUUUAAAACCCUUGUUUCUGAUCUGAAUUCCACUCAGGUUGAUGAAAUUAUAGAUCACUUGCGAAACGACGACCCAGAUUCUGCUGUCGAGUUGUUUGAAUUAUUGAAGAAUGAGUAUGGGUUUAAGCAUUCGAGAGUUUCUCAGCUCGUUAUUGCUCAUGUGCUGGCUAGUCAGCGAAGGCUUAAGUUGCUGCGUUCUAACUUCAUGCAAAUGCUUCAAGAAGAAGGCUCUGGCUCUUCUUCUUCAAUUUGUGAGUUACUUUCAGUUGACUUCAAGGAUUGGAAAUCAAAUGCAGUUGUUUGGGACAUAUUGGCAUUUGCUUACUCUAGAUCCAACAUGGUUCAUGAUGCCCUUUGCAUUAUAGCCAAAAUGAAAGAUUUCAACAUUCAACCUUCAAUACUAACCUACAACAGCUUAUUACACAACUUAAGACACUCUGAUAGCAUGUGGGAUGUGUACAAUGACAUCAAAGAGAGUGGAAUCCAAGAAACAAAACAAACAAAUUCCAUCCUUGUAGAUGGUUUAUGUAAACAAUCCUUAAUGCAAGAAGCAAUAACCCUUCUUCAUGUCAAAGAUUCCUCACCUCAUGUUGCUUCAUUUAACACAGUCAUGUCAAGUUUCUCCAAAAUGGGAUUUGUAGAUAUUGCUCAAUCGAUUUUCUGUUUGAUGUUAAAGUUUGGAGUAAAACCCGAUGCAUAUAGUUACAAUAUUCUUAUUAAUGGAUUAUGCAUCGCGGGUUCUAUUCAAGAUGCAUUGAAGUUGACCAAUGACAUGGUCAAACAUGGAGUAAACCCUGAUUCAAUAACAUACAACACACUUGCUAAAGGGUUUCAUGUUCUUGGUAAGAUCAAUGGAGCAUCAAAGAUGAUUCAAGAAACACUUUCAAAAGGUUUGAAGAACCCUAAUAGUAUCACAUAUACAUUACUCAUAUGUGGGAAUUGUCAAGAAGGAAAAGUUGAUGAAAGCAUAAACUUGAAAAAUGAAAUGGUUUUUUAUGGGUGUAAAUUAAACUUUAUCUCAUAUAGUGUUUUGGUAAGUAGUUUAUGUAAGAUUGGGCGUGUUGAUGAAGCUUUGUGUUUGCUUUAUGAGAUGGAAAUAGAUGGUUUAAAACCCGAUGUUGUUAUGUAUUCAAUCAUCAUUCAUGGUUUUUGUAAACAAGGGGAGAUUCAAAAAGCUAUUCAAGUAUACAUGGAAAUGUGCAACAAUAGAAUCUUUCCUAAUGUUUUCACUCAUAGAGCUGUUUUAUUGGGGAUUUGUGGGAGAGGAUCGGUUUUUGAAGCAAGAAAGCACUUUGAUAUGUUAAUUAGUAGUGAUGAUAUUGAUAUUCAAGAUAUUGUUCUUUACAAUAUUAUGAUCAAUAAGUAUGCAAAACUCGGUAUGAAUCGUGAGAGUAAACAAUUGUUUGAUCAAAUAUUAGAGAAAGGAAUCGAUCCCACUAUUGUCACGUUUAAUUCUUUAAUAUAUGGAUUUUGUAAAGCUAGAGAUUUGAUAGGGGCAAUGAGGUCAUUUCAUAACAUCGAGGAUCAUGGAUUAGUACCUAAUGCGAUAACAUACACCACUCUUAUGAACUUUUUUUGUGAAGAGGGAAAUAUGCAAAAAGUGUUUGAUAUGAAAAAGGAAAUGGAAGAUAAUGGUGUAGAUCCAACUCAUGUCACAUACACUGUAAUUAUAAAAAGUCUUUGUAAACAAAAAAAGCUUCAAGAAUCUCUUUUACAGAUUAAUCAUAUGUUCUCAAAUGGGAUUUUUCCUGAUGAAGUUUCAUACAAUAUUUUGAUUCAAUCUUUGUGUAAAGCUCGAGAAAUUGAAAAGGCGUUUGAGUUACAUGAUGAAAUGAUGUCACAUAAUCUUAAGCCUGAUGCAGUUACAUAUAACAUUCUUAUGAAUGGGUUAUGUGUGUAUGGUGAUUUACAUGAUGCUGAUAAGUUAUUCUUGUAUUUAAGGGAGCAUGAUUUUGAAUUGAAGAAGGCUGCUUAUACGAUUCUUAUUAAAGCACAUUGUGUGAAGGGUGAUGUGGAUCGAGCAAUGGAGGUGUUCUCUGAAAUGGUGGAAAUGGGGUUUGAAGUGAGUGUUAGGGAUUAUAGUGGUGUGAUUAAUCGGUUGUGUAAAAGAUGUUUGACAUAUGAAGCAAAGGGUUUUUUGAGGAUGAUGUUUAACAAUGGUGUAGUUCCUGAUAUUAGGGUUUAUACAGGGAUGAUGUAUGCUUUUCAUGUUGUGGGUGAUGUUCAUUCGAUACAUGAGUUGCUACCUAAUAUGGUGAAAUGUGGGAUAGAUUCUCAUGUAAGCAUUUGGUUACAAAAUCAUAUAAAAAGUGAAAUGAAUUUACAUUAAUUUGUCGUUUAUGUGCAAUUCUUUUUAGUUUCUUAUGUAAGCAUGUGGUU